CAUAUAAUGUGAACAUCUUGUGUUGAUCACGUUGGUUAAUAUCUAGAUCAUAGAUCUUACGUUAUUUAAUGCUAAAUAAUACUUAUAUUUACAUACAAUUACAAGUCAAUCAAUAUGUAAUAAUUUAUAUUUAAAUUAGAAACUAUUUUUUUACUUGAAAAAAUUACAUGAAUUAGUCAAGUUAAAAAUACUGCAUCACAAAUGUAAAUGGUUUAUUUCAAUUUAUAUUUUUUAAUUUUGUUUUAAUGCAAAAUUGUUUUAGCAUUAAAAUAUAUGUAUUAUACUUUUAAUAUAAUUACUAUCGUCAUUUAAGUAAUGUAACUUGAAUUUGAAUGAGUACAUAUAAGACAACAACAAUGAAUAAUCAAUGGAAAAAAUAUUUAUUUUGGUUUGCUCAAGAACAUAUUGAUUUUCGCACAGCUGAAAUACAGUCUAUUUUAUCUAUGUUUGGUGUAAAUAUUUAUACCUAUCCUAAAUUAGAAACACAUCCUUAUUGGAUAGUUAAUUUACCCUCAGAGAAGCUAGUGCACAACAUUGCAAGUAGAGCAGUCUGUGUGCGAUUUUGUAUGGAACUAUGGGCUAAUAGUAAACAAGCUGAAGAUCUGCAUAAUAAGUUAAAAACUUAUUCAAUUUCAGAAAUUAAAAAAUAUGCUGGACCACAUAAAUCCUUUAAAGUAAUAGUUGAAACAUUUUGUAAACACUUUUCACAACGUGAAAAAGUAAAUAAAAUUGAAUCUUUCAGUUAUUUACCAUUGGAAGGAUCAGUAAGAUUAAAUGAUCCAGACACAACAUUCUAUUAUAUAGAAUUUUAUGGAUUAGAUCCUAAUAACAUUCCUAAAGAACCAUAUGAAUUAUUUUUUGGUAGAUGGAUUACAAGCGGACAAAGAGAUUUAAUUCGAAAGUUGUCACUGAAAACUAGAAAAUUUAUUGGUAAUACAUCUAUGGAUCCUCAAUUAUCAUUGAUAAUGACUAAUCAGGCACAAGUUCAAAAAGGAGAUAUUGUUCUUGAUCCAUUUGUUGGUACCGGAUCUCUAUUAGUUGCUGCUUCUCAUUUUGGAGGAUAUACAUUGGGUACAGAUAUAGAUUUUUUAAUGCUUCAUGGGCGUACAAGACCUACUAGAAUAUCACAAAAGAUUAGAGAAAAAGAUGAAAAUAUUGCUACAAACAUGAGUCAAUAUGGGAAAAGAUCGUACUAUAUUGAUGUAGUUGUAUCAGACUUUUCUUACCCUUUAUGGCGUUCUGAUAUGUGUAUAGAUGCUAUAAUUACUGAUCCUCCUUAUGGUAUUAGAGAAGCAACAGAAAGGAUAGGUACAACUAAAUUAAACCCUGUGAUAGAGGAACAUCAAGCUUCAUCUCAUAUACCAUCAAAAAUUGGUUAUGAUUUACCUCAAAUGUACAAGGAUUUACUGACAUUUGCAGCCAAACAUCUUAAAUUAAAUGGUAGAUUAGUAUGUUGGUUUCCUUUAUUUAGAGAUCAAUAUUCAGAGGAUCAGUUACCAACACAUCCCUGUUUGGAACUAGUAGCUAAUUCAGAACAAGUACUUAGUAACUAUACUAGUCGCAGAUUAUUGACUUACAAAAAAAUAAAAGAUCCAAAGGAAUCAGAUGAAAUCAGUUCCACUAACUUGAUCGAUUUCCGAGAAAAAUAUUUUGCAUUACGAAAUGAAAGUAGAAGAGAAAAACGAAUGAAAAAAGCUGUAGAAAAAGCAAAGAAUAGAGAACUUUGGGAACAGAAUAAUAAAGAAAAUCCAAAAAGAUGAUUGUGAUUA